CCGGCGCUACGAAGCCACCAACACUUUCUUCUUCUUUUUUUUACAGUAAAGGGAGGCGGGAAAAAAAUAUAUCCACCCGCCAUGAACAGGCCACAAAAUGGCUCCAGUCAUUUUCACCAAUGAAAAGCAAAUGUGUAAGUCAGGAUCUUAAGUCGGAGCUCCAGCACGGCCGCUAACACUAACAUUUCGGACGAGACCAGUCCCACUGAGCGCUGGGUGCCCAGGCUCCCGAAGUGAUGGGGCGGCGCAGAACAAGGGCAACGCGGUCGUCCUAGCAAGACUUACUCGGAAGUACGUGGCACUGAUUUCUGCGGUACUUACUCCCCGCUCAGAACUGUGUUUCGGACUGCAGCCCGAACGGGCUGCUGGAAGGGUAUUUGAGGUUAAAUUUCAGCUAAUUUGGAUCAGCUAAUUUCCAUACCACGUCUCGAUCCAUUCGCUGGGGAAAGACCCCUUUACGUCCACGGCAGAGCUGUGUUGAACUCGACUGUGCACUGGCUAGCGUCCAGAUUCUCGUAUUUAAUGGGCUGCCCUCGGAUAGAGCAGACCGAGGGGCGACUUUGGAGCGCAAGCUGGUUCGGGACCAGAUACUCAUCCGCUUGUGACCUGAGUUGGCUCCGUGGAUUUUUUGGAGAGCCAGACAACUUCUCAAUGUACAACAACAAUCGAGUGAAAAGAAGACCAUCCCCAUAUGAAGUGGAACUCUCUGAUGGGUUGAACUGGCCUCCUGGGUUGGCAUCGGGAAGGAAAUUCCCUCCACGGCACACUGGCAGACGCCGGGGCUUUUUCACCUUCCUCCGGAGCAUUGAGCAGGAUCGUCUGUUAGGAUCAGGUCCCCAUACAAAGGUGGUCCGCCGAAUAUUUACAAACAGCCGUGAGAGGUGGAGGCAGCAGAAUGUCAAUGGGGCUUUCGCUGAGCUCCGCAAGCUCAUUCCGACUCACCCACCUGACAAAAAGCUCAGCAAGAACGAAAUCUUACGUCUCGCUAUGAAAUACAUCAAUUUCUUGGCCAAACUGCUGAGUGACCAGGAGGAAGAAGGGAACCAAAGGGGUAAAGUCAGCAAAGACACUGGCCUAGUGCAAGAAGACCUUCUGCAGGACAUGUUGUCCCCAAACUCAAGCUGUGGAAGCUCAUUAGAUGGAGCAGGAAGCCCAGACAGUUUCACAGAAGAGCCGGAGACAUUAGAUGCUAAGCAUACAAGAGCUCUCCACCAUUCUGUUCUUCCCAUUGAAAACAAUGCACAGCGAUGAUGAACCUACAAAGAGGUGCAGGCAAGCCUGUGAAUACCUGGCAUUUGGAGCUUAUGCAUGUCCUCCCCUUUCUCCUCCUUAUCAAAAAAGGAAGGAAGGAAGGAAAGAAGGAAGGAAGGCAUAUUUCACAAAAUUGCAACUUGAAGAAACUGAAAAUGGAGAGGAAUGAACAGCUGGAUGAGAAAGACUAACUGGAUUUAAUCAAGUGCAUCUUUGUUGCUUAGGUCACUCGUGAAGUGUUGCCUUGCUGUCCGUGUGCCCUUUAGCACUGAAGGGGUGCAGUGUACAGGCAGCUCUUACAAGGUUUACAAAGGAUCGGACUGCUACUCAGUCCUUCUGCAGAUUGCUAAAGUGCCCCUCCCUUUCAGCUAUUCAGACCCAAGUAUCUUCCAUAAAGUGUUUACAUGCGUGGCAAUGGAAGCCUUUAAAAAUCCUUCAUGCUGUGCAGUGGUUUUUUUCUCCAGUUCACUUUGAGGAAAUGUACGCAACUUGUCUGCCUUCUCUCAUUGCCUUUCUAAUAAGGAAGAAAGAAAAUACCCCUUGCGAAGGAAUAGUUGACUUGAUGUUGCAGGUUUGCUUGUUUCUCCUUCCCUCACUCCUCUUCCCCAUCUCCUUCGUCUUCAUCAUCUUCAUCUAAUAUAAACCUAGCCCAACUUUG